UCCGGAGAAACUCAAGCCGGGCGAUGAGAGUGAACAAGGACUCGUACGUCGUACUUCAUCCUGGACACUUCCGGUCGAGUAUGACGCGCGCGUCAAGGCGAUGGAGGUGGACGAACGGCCCACCGAGCACUACUCGGACUUUGGCGGGUUGGACAAGCAAAUCCAGGAACUAAUUGAGGCCGUCGUGCUGCCGAUGACGCACAAGGACAUGUUCAUGAACCUGGGAAUUCAUCCGCCGAAGGAAGUGCUGCACGCUUUCGGCUGGUACCUGUGUGGCGCAAACAAAGUCGACCUUCCUGAAGCUGGCCGACCCGCAGCUGGUGCAGAUGUUCAUCGGAGACAGUGCCAAGCUCGUCCGGAACGCGUUUGCACUAGCCAAGGAAAAGUCGCCGGCGAUUACUUCCUGCACGCGAUUACGCUGCAGACGCAUCUAACUGUUUCAUAUGCAUGUUUUAAAUUUAUUUGACCUAAUUUGGUCACCUGGAAUUAAAUGAGAGACGAACAUUGAAGUUUCUUGGAUUUUCUUUUUAUUUGUGGUUUCAGCUGUAUUUUUUUUGAAUUGUUAAAUAUGUUGAACAAAAACAAUAAUCAUG